GACACUGCAGGAACCUGUGGUCCCAGAAGGUGAGACGAUCUACCUGUCAUGGCAGGCGGCAGUGGAUGAGUUCUUGAGCUGACUCGCUGCAGGCUGUGAGACAUGGACAGGGGCCGAGAGAUGUUGUGGGCGGUGGUUCUUGUCUUGUCAAUGUUGACCAACAUUGACCACUCGGCUGGGGACGGGGGAGCGGUGGUGGACACGACCCCACAGAGUUCGACAAGUGACCCAGGGAACACGGACACUGCUACAAAAUUGGGGUACGACGGUAGCUCGAGUACGGCCCCACCCCAGUCCUCUAUCAACAAGUUUUACGUUUGGACAAAACACCCAGAAAAAUACAACUCCACAGGAAAACGUUUGAAAAACCAUACCUUUCUGGUUAUCAGCGGCAAGAGGGCCAACACCCAAUGCUCGCUCGAGUGCUUGAAGCUCACCCCCUGCCUCUCGUACAACUUCGACCAAACAGCUGGGACGUGUGAGCUCAACAACGCCACCCACCUGACAUACCCCGGGGAUUUUGUCGACUCAACCACACAAGAGUACCACACCAGGGAGGCGUACUCCAUCGACAAGGAAGCUCUAGGCCCGUGUUACGGUGACCCCUGCAACUCCAGAGGACGGUGCCUGGAGACGCGGGCUGCUACAGGUGGACUCAUCCCCAUCUGUUUGUGUGACGACGGCUGGAAAGGGACGGCAUGCGAUGUGCGGGAUCCAGGUCUACAAUGGACCACCUGGGGCGACUGGAGCUCCUGCUCUGCCACCUGUGAGAAGGGCUGGAAACUGAGAACUAGAGUCUGUGAGGACGCUGCUACACAGCAGACCAUCAACCCUACGCUGUGUUAUGGGGCGGCGCAGGAAUAUGGCAUCUGUGAACUGCAGAGCUGCCCCCGCUGGAGCCCCUGGGGUGAGUGGGGUGACUGCUCCACACAGACCACGUGCGGGCAGGGCAUACAGGUCAGACGACGCACGUGCACUAACGGUGGGACGAUAGGAGUUGACCGGUACUGUUUAGGGAUGAGCAACCAAACCACGCCCUGCUAUGGCAUCGUUUGUCGAGGGCCGAUAAGUAUCAUCAACGGCACCUACCCAGGCGAGGGACGGGUGGAGUUCUAUAACGACAUCAACAAGAACUGGAGCCAGAUUUGCGCCAAUCAGAUGACAGAUUACAUCGCCAACCUGAUCUGUCGCCAGGCCAGGUGGGCAGGUGGACAUGCAGCAAUCAAGGAUGCGAGGUUCGGGAUGGGUACUGGUCGCUUCGGCUUGACAAGCAUCAAAUGUAACGGCACGGAGAAGAAUUUUGCUGAGUGCUCACACAACGUGCUCAAUGCAACCAACGGCAGAUGUAGCGACAACAGCAUGGUGCCGGGUGGUGUUCAGUGUAAUGUUGACGGGGUCUGGAGCCUGUGGUCCUCCUGGAGUGACUGCACCGUGUCCUGUGAGAAUGGCACCAGGACCAGGACCCGACAGUGCAGUGAGCCACGCCCAAUGUAUGGCGGACUCCCCUGCCCCGGGAACGACACAGAAAUCAUGGUGUGCUCAUCCCCUCCAUGUCCAAUGCCGACGACGCCCGUGGAGCCAUCUGACGGACAAUGGCUGCAGUGGGGAUCCUGGUCCCAGUGCUCACUGACCUGUGGCAGUGGUCAGCAGCGUAGAGUCAGACAGUGCCAACAACCUUUGAAUGGUGGUGCUCAAUGCAAUGGCCAAGGGGAAGAAACUAGGAUCUGUAAUCAACAGAGUUGUCCCAUUGAUGGGGUAUGGAGUACUUGGUCCAACUGGUCAGACUGCAGUGUUACAUGUGGUAAUGGCUCGCAGUCCAGAACUCGCUCUUGUUCCGGCCCUUAUUAUGGAGGAACACCUUGCCAAGGUGCAGCUAAUGAAACUCAAAUGUGUCGCCCUAAGAACUGCCCAGUGGAUGGCCAGUGGAUGGAUUGGGAGAACUGGUCACAGUGUUCUGUGUCUUGUGGUGGUGGCACUCGUGUCCGUCACAGGGAAUGCUACCUGGGGCUGUAUGGUGGUAAAAACUGUACAGGAAGUGGUAGUGAACAAAGCUCAUGCAAUGAUAACCAAUGUCCAGUGGAUGGAACAUGGUUGCCCUGGACAGAAUGGGAAUCUUGCAGCAAGUCAUGUGGCAGUGGCUCACAAGCCAGGUAUCGUGAAUGUCAAGGACCCUUCUAUGGUGGAGCAAACUGUACUGGACUUACUAAAGAAGAGAGAAGUUGCAACAUUCAAAACUGCUCAGUGGACGGUGUGUGGGCGUUGUGGUCAGAGUGGAACCAAUGUAGUGUGACAUGUGGUAGCGGACUACAGGUCCGGCAGAGAGAUUGCAUUGGACCUUUUUUUGGUGGUCACAAUUGUUCAGGGAACUGGAGUGAUACAAAAACUUGUAGCAGUUCGAACUGCCCUGUUGAUGGUAUACUCACCCCAUGGACAACGUGGGGAAGUUGUAAUAUUUCCUGUGGUGUAGGUUAUAAAAUAAGGCGCCGGUACUGUGUCGCUCCACUAAAUGGUGGACGUCCCUGUAACGGUUCUUUGGAGGAAAAUAGCAUCUGUAACUUUAAGGAUUGUCCUGUGAAUGGAGUAUUAAUGAAUUGGGGUGAAUGGAGUGAGUGCUCUAAAACAUGUAAUGGUGGAAUUAUUUGGAGAAACAGAACAUGCUAUGGGCCAUUUUAUGGUGGAGAUGAUUGCCCUGGUGCACUAAAUGAAACUAAACCUUGUAAUGAAGAAUCUUGUCCAGUUGAUGGUGUGUGGUUAGCCUGGACUACCUGGUCUACCUGCAGUGUCUCCUGUGGGAAUGGUGUGCAGAAAAGGACACGGAACUGUAAUGGGCCAUUUUAUGGUGGGAAGAUUUGUGAUGGUGAAAACAAUCAGACAAGCCAGUGUUUUACUGGAGAAUGUCCUGUGGAUGGUGUAUUUGGGAGCUGGUCCGAGUGGAGUGGUUGUUCAAAGACCUGUGGCGCAGGGAUCCAGUGGAGGAGUAGGAUCUGUACUGGGCCUUUCUAUGGCGGCAAGGAUUGUCAGGGUGACAGAAACCAAACACAGAGCUGCAACACUUUCAAUUGUCCAGUUGAUGGCUAUUACAAUAGUUGGUCUGUCUGGAGCACUUGCUCAGCAUCAUGUGGAGGUGGGAAUCAAACAAGAAACAGAAUAUGUGUACAACCCCUCUAUGGUGGUCUCCCAUGUCAAGGUUCUAAUAAUGAAACACAAAACUGUAAUGAAAAACAUUGCCCAGUGGAUGGUUACUUCACAUCAUGGAGCCAGUGGAGCACGUGUACUGCCACAUGUGGUGGUGGCACACAGUGGAGAAACAGGACUUGUAUCCCACCACAGUAUGACGGCCUGGACUGCAGUGGUGACGCUAACACCACACAACCAUGCAACACCCAACCAUGUCCAAUUGAUGGUGUGUGGUUGAGUUGGUCAGCUUGGUCCAGUUGUAACACAACCUGUGGGGGAGGCCUCCGAGAGAGGACAAGGCUGUGUGUGGAGCCCAAGUAUGGAGGGAAGGCCUGUGUGGGGGAACGCGCAGAGUAUAUGCAGUGUAGUGACAACCCAUGUCCCAUCCCAGGCAUCUGGUUCCCAUGGACCUCUUGGACACCAUGUACCGUCACAUGUAAUGGAGGCACCAGGUUCAGAACGAGGCGCUGCAACACCACAGCUUAUGGGGACUUGACUGCACCUUGCAUUGGUGCAGCUAACCAGUCCGCUGUGUGUCACACAUUCGCUUGUCUCCCUUAUGCUAAGACCUGUUCAGAGCUUGGACAGAGAGGACUAGUGGACAGUACACAUUGUGAGAUUGACCCUGAUGGGCCUGAGCAGUUCUCUCUGGAGCCUGUCGUUGUCUACUGCAACAUGACAGCACACAAUGGAAGUGGUGUUACUGUCAUUGGCCACAACCAAGAACAAAGAACCCAAGUUCAAGGCUGGGAAGGUGCGUGUGAGUACCAGGCUGUCCUGGUCUACAAUGUCUCAUUUGACCAUGCUGUGGCUAUAGUUGACCGCUCCCUCUACUGCGAGCAGUUCAUCAAGUGGGAAUGUUUUGCUGCCCUCAUCCACAACUACAACGACAACAAUAAAAUCACCACUGGCUGGCUCAACAGAACUAAGGGUCUUGCUGACUAUUUUGGGGGUGCACCUCCUGGUUCCAACUUCUGUGAAUGUGGGGUUACACAUUCCUGUGCUGAAUACAAGUACGUCUGCAACUGUGACUCCAAUGAUCAGGUCUGGCGGUCAGAUCAAGGCUAUCUGACUUAUAAAGAUGACCUGCCUGUCUAUGCCUUUGUGGCCGGAGAUACAGGCGAUUUGUUAACAGAGAUGGGGUACUUUUCACUUGGCCCCAUCCAGUGUUAUGGCAACUAAGAGCGAAGCUAAGCUGCUGCUGCUGCUGCUGUUACUGCAAGCGCAAUGAGGC